CAAGUCAUAAAAGGCUUGUGCAUCUUUUAGAAUCUCUCUUCCAGCCCUGCCUCUCAUAUUCCACACUAACAAUGAUUCUAAGCAUAGCCUUGAUCUGGGGAGUUGUAGUUUGGCUUUGUUGCUGCUUGUGGCUGAUUCUGGGGAUCCGCAGAAGGCGUCCAGGAGAGCCCCCGGUAGAGAGUGGUCUCAUUCCCUACCUUGGCUGUGCCCUCCAGUUUGGUGCCAACCCACUCGAGUUCCUUCGGAGCCGACAGAAGAAGUAUGGGCACAUCUUCACAUGCAAAAUCGCAGGCCAAUAUGUUCAUUUCCUCACAGACCCUUUCUCAUACCACGCUGUGAUCCGCCAGGGUAGGCAUCUGGACUGGAAGAAAUUUCACUUUGCUGCCUCUGCCAAGGCUUUUGGGCAUGAAAGCAUGGAUCCAAACGAUGGCUUUACCACAGAAAACUUGCACCAGACGUUUAUCAAGACACUGCAGGGGGAUGCUUUGCAAUCUCUGGUUGAGAACAUGAUGGAAAACCUCCAGUGUGUCAUGCUGCAGUCAAGCACACUGAAAAUGAACUCAAACGACUGGGUCACAGACGGGAUCUUUGCCUUCUGCUACAAGGUGAUGUUUGAGGCUGGCUAUUUGACGCUGUUUGGCAAAGAGCUCAAUCCUCAAGAAGACAAGAACCUUGCCCGACAGGAGGCUCAGAAGGCACUGGUACUGAACGCCCUUGAAAAUUUCAAAGAGUUUGACAAGAUCUUCCCAGCUCUUGUUGCCGGUCUGCCCAUCCAUGUUUUCAAGAGCGCUCACAGUGCAAGAGAGAACCUGGCGAAGACCCUCCUUCAUGAAAACCUCAGCAAAAGGACGAAUAUGUCUGAUUUAAUUUCUCUCAGAAUGAUUCUGAAUGACACCUUGUCCACCUUCAAUGAUAUGAGUAAAGCCCGAACCCAUGUAGCCCUGCUGUGGGCAUCACAAGCCAACACAUUGCCAGCCACUUUCUGGACUCUGUUCUAUCUCAUCAGGUGUCCUAAAGCAAUGAAAGCUGCAAGUGAUGAAGUGAAGAGGAUACUGGAGGAUUCUGGCCAGAGAGCAAGCGUGGAUGGCACCCAUAUAUGUUUAAACAGGACACAACUAGAUAACAUGCCUGUAUUGGACAGCAUCAUCAAAGAAUCAAUGAGGCUAUCCAGUGCAUCCCUCAAUGUCAGAAUUGCCAAAAACAACUUUCUGCUGCACUUGGAUAACAAUGAAUCCUACAGCAUCCGGAAAGAUGAUGUGAUAGCCCUUUAUCCACAGCUACUGCACUUUGAUCCAGAAAUUUAUGAAGAUCCUCUGACAUUUAAAUAUGACAGAUACCUGGAUGAAAAUGGACAAGAGAAAACAUCCUUUUGCAGAAAUGGUCGCAAACUAAGAUAUUAUUACAUGCCCUUUGGAUCUGGAGUGACAAAAUGUCCUGGAAGGUUUUUUGCUGUUCAUGAAAUCAAGCAGUUCCUGUCUUUGUUGCUUUCCUACUUUGACAUGGAGCUUUUAGAUCCAAAUGUGAAAAUCCCUCCAUUGGAUCAGUCUCGUGCCGGACUGGGUAUUUUACAGCCUACAUACGAUGUCGAUUUUAGGUACAGACUGAAGGGUUUAUAAAAAAGUGCUUAUUUAUUUCUGAAAUGCAACUGUAAAUACUGUAUAUUAUGCUCAUAACUGACCCAUACUUGUGUACAUAAAGUAUAUAUACUGUAUAUCAACUUCAAUAUUUCUGUGUUAUUGUUUUGAAAAUAGAAUUACAAGAGACUCAUUACCAUGCAUUACACAACUCCUUCUCAGUAAUAUUAUGUUUUCAUGUUAUGAUGUAGAAUAUCAAACUUUGAAGAAACAUACAUCAAACAUAAGUGAAAACUAUUAAAUCCAACAGGCACAGAUGAUUAAAUUAUACUGACAUUAUACAUUGCUUUACCAUUAUGAAAAGUGCUUGGCCUUGCUGCUACUGACAGUAUAAACAGAUUCUGUGUUGUUCAUUUGGCUCAUUUACAAAUGGAGCUUCAGUGGUUGGGUUUAUUCACUAGUAGACUAUAUAGCGCUCUAUAGAGUUCACACGGGAAGUUAUUUUGAGAGAUAGAGUAAAGAGUUAUGACAACAGGAGACAGAUAAGGACCAGCGAUGCUGAACCCUCACUACAAGGAACAAGGCCAAUUUUCAAAUUGUAUCUAAAUAUGUGUUAAAGGCAUGAUAGUUUUAAUAUGAAGAGUAUUUCAUUCAUCUGCUUUGGUCUUUAUGUGUCAAGAUUUUUUAUCAAAAUAGAUAUUGAAAAAGGUUAUUUUGAAAUGUUUUAAAAUAUUAUUUAAACCAUAUUUUGAGUGAGCCAUGUUAUUCAAUGUUAUCUACAAUGGAAAAUUUUUAUUGCUAUUAAAUGGAAAAUGCUUUUUUUAUUGUAACUCUACCAUACUGUUACGACUGCAGAAAAUAUACUGAGAAUAAUAAAGUAGUUUUUGGAACUUAAACAAAGGAUAUGCCUAAAUUUAUAUGAGAGUUUUAACGUGUUAGAAAUUAUUUUACCAUUUUUCCAGUGACUUUUUUAAGUUAAUAAACUAUUCAAACUAUAUCUUAGUUAUGAUUCCAUGAUUUAAACCACGCCAGGCACUCCAUUGUAUGGAAAUACAUAAAAGAAGAAUGUUAAAACAUAUAUAAACAUCCAACUUUUAAUGAAUUGAGUGUCUGGCAUUGUGUUACACUACCAUUUGAGUGUCUUGUAUAAACAUUGGAAAAUGCUUAUUGAGAUUAACAUUUACAGUGUUGGACAAAUGUGCAAGUAUGUGAUUUUAAUAUACCGUAAGAAUGAGAUUUUUUAGAUUCAGUAAAAUACCACAGUCUGAAAGCUUGUUUGGACUUCCUCUCCAAAUGUAUCAGAGCUGAAGUGAAAUAAAAUAGUCAGAAAAGUAAAA